AAGGCCAUUUGAGCUCAAAGCACUACAUACCACACACACAUCACCUAGCUGGCUCUCACCGCGCCCGCAGCGGCAUCUCCCAACUCUCCAGCAUUCGCGUCUCCUCGAGCGCUCAAAAUGCCGACAAUCCUGGACGAUGUGCGUACGAACGACGACUGUCGCCCAACUAUGCGAACUGAUCCGCCAACAUCCAACACCAGCUCCGAAAGGCGAGAAGAGAUAAACCCGUGGUGGCGGGAAAACUGGACGCGGCUCUGUUCUACACGCUCGCCGUGGGCCACCUCAUCGAUCUCUUAGUUGCCUCUCGCGGCCACCCAAGAAGACGUACCGGAA